AUGGCCGUUACCCCCAUUGAAUAUAUGCUCUGCUUUGGGAUGAUUGGCUGUUGUCUCACCCUGCACUUUUCCGAUUCUAGGAUACCCAAAGAGUUCAACGAGACACUCCAAGGGCUGGAAGAAACCUUGGUCGCCAACGGGCGGCCCAGGACACAACCAGAAAGCGCUCUAACCCCCCACCGCGAGUGCCUGAUAUGGAUAUCAAUGGCCGCCACGGGUGCGCUGGAGAUGGCCCACAAUUUGUCGACGACAAGCGCGGUGCUGGCCCUGACUCUGCAAAGGUAUCCCGACGAGACUAGCAACUGGGAUACACUGGAGAAGAUACUGGCAAAAUACCUCUGGAACGACGUUCUCGCCCGGCAAUGGAAGAGGUUCUGGCGCAGAGGCAUUCAUCGACAGAAGAGACUCCGACGAUAG